AUGGCUUCGACCACUACCGAAGGGGACCCUCCCCAUCAGGAAAAAGAGGUCGUCACCUCCUCCGAUCCCGAGGCCGGGGCGGAUCAUGCCGUCGUCGGGAAGCCCUGGAUGUACAAGCCCCUUAAGAUCGGGCGCUGGGAGCUCCCGUGGUUCGCCUCGCCCGAGACCCAACUAAUCCUCGUCUCCUUUGUGUGUUUCCUCUGUCCCGGCAUGUUCAACGCCGUCAGCGGGUUGGGUGGUGGUGGCCAGCUCGACAAGACCGAUGUCAAUAACGCCAACACCGCCCUAUACAGUACCUUUGCCGUCGUAGGCUUUUUUGCCGGCUCCGUGGCCAACCGCAUCGGUCUGCGCCUGACGCUGUCGCUGGGUGGUUUUGGGUACUUUCUCUACGUCGCCUCGCUCCUCUCCUACAACCACAAUGCAAACUCCGGCUUCCUCAUCUUCGCUGGUGCCCUCUUGGGUGUGUGUGGUGGUCUCUUGUGGUGCGCCCAGGGUGCCGUCAUGAUGAGCUAUCCUCUGGAGAAGGAAAAGGGCAAGUACAUUUCCGUUUUUUGGGUCCCCCUCGGCCAGAACAUCAACAACAAGUCCGCCGGCCGCGUCAAUGACGGCACCUACAUCGCCUUCAUGGUCCUCAUGGCCGUCGGCUUCGUGCUCGCCUGGGGUCUGUCCGACUCCAAAUACGUCAUGCGCAAGGACGGCUCGCGCGUCAUCGUCAUGAAGAAUCCCACCUGGAAGUCUGAGUUCAUGGGUCUGUACGAGACCCUCAUCUCCGACUACUACAUCAUCCUGUUCUUCCCCAUGUUCCUGGCCAGCAAUUGGUUCUACGCCUAUCACUUCAACACCGUCAACGGUGCCUACUUUAGCGUCCGCACCCGCUCGCUCAACAGUCUUCUGUACUGGCUCAUGCAGAUGGUGGGCGCCUUUGUCUUCGGCCAGACGCUGGACCUGAAGUGGUUCUCGCGUACCACCCGCGCCAAGAUCAACUAUGGCCUCCUGGUCGCCAUCACCAUGGGCAUUUGGGGCGGUGGCUACGCCUUCCAGAAGACGUACACCCGGGAGUCUGCGGAGGCGCGCGAGCCGACCGACUGGACCGACAGCGGCUACAUCGGACCGAUGUUCCUGUUUCUCUUCCUGAUUCGUCUUUCAAACCCAGCUAACUCUGCCAGGUUCAUGGGAUCGCUGAGCAACAACGGACGCAAGCUGGCCAACUUUGCCGGCUUCUACAAAGGAAUUCAGUCGGCAGGCGCGGCCGGAAUGUGGCGUCUGGACGCCCAGGAAGCCCCUUUCAUGACCGAGUUUGCCUCCUGCUGGGGACUGCUGAUGGGCAGUUUGCUGAUCGCGGCGCCGGUGAUCUUCUUCAAGAUCAAGGACCACUGCGACGUCGAGGAGGAUCUGCGGUUCUCGGAUGAGACCGCGCAGGACGUCAACGCCAUCCCGCUGGAGGAGGCCGAAGAGACCUCCAAGAAGGAGGAGCGGCGGGUGUCUGUUGUUGCUUAG